AUGGCGUUUAUUAAAGAGGAGAGUGAAGACAUAAAGAUUGAAGAAACAUUCAGAGUCAAACAUGAAGAUGCAUUCAGAGUCAAACAUGAAGAUACUGAGGAACAAACAGACCUGAUGACACUGAAAGAGGAGAGUCAAGAACUCAUUGAAAAGGAAGAUAAUUUUCAGCAUGAGAAAUAUAAUUUCAAAAGAGCUCAAAAGACAGCAAAUAGAAGUUAUUUCACCUGCCAACAGUGCGGGAAAAGUUUCACCAGAAAAGAAAAUCUUGAAGUCCACAUGAGAGUUCACAGUGGAGAGAAACUUCACACAUGUUCUCAAUGCGGAAAAAGUUUUUCAUAUAAACAACACCUCGAUGACCACUUGAGAAUUCAUACUGGAGAGAAACCUUUCACCUGCCCUCAGUGCGGAAAGAGUUUCACUCAAAAAGGACACCUUAAAAACCACAUGAGAGUUCACACUGGAGUGAAGCCUUUCACCUGCAAACUGUGUGGAAAGAGCUUAAUUCGAAAAUCAAACCUUAACAACCACAUGAGAAUUCACAGCGGAGAGAAACCUUUCAUAUGUUCUCAAUGUGGAAAAAGUUUUACACAAAAACAACACCUCGAUGACCACUUGAGAAUUCACACUGGAGAGAAACCUUUCACCUGCCCUCAGUGUGGAAAGAGUUUCAUACAAAAAGGAAACCUUAAUAAACACAUGAAGAUUCACACUGGAGAGAAGCCAUUCACAUGUGAUGGACGUAAGGUUGCUCUUUAACGUGUACGAUCACAACAGUGAUUCGUGUUCAGUGUGUCAUGUGAUUAAAUUCAAAUAUGCUUUAAUUCAAAUAUGCUUUCGUGCUUUGGCUGGUGCUGAGCUAGAGAUGGACGAGCU